CGCGGCAGGACGCCGCCGCAGCAGCUCUGGCCGGACCGCGUCGCACCUCGGAGGAGCAGCGUCACCACGGCACCUGUGAAGCCGCCGAGCCGGCGGAACCCAGCAGCGGAGCGGCUCCCACAGCUCGGAGGCGCUGAGAUGCCGCCGCCGCCGCCUCGUCAACUUGCUCCUCUCUCAGAAGCUUCGGGGAAAGAGUUUUAAACGCGGGACCGUCGCCGGACUCGAACCCGCCAUGUCGCUGCUGUGUGUGCGAGUAAAAAAAGCCAAGCUUCAAGGUCCUCCAGAUAAGUUCAACACCUACGUGACCCUGAAGGUUCAGAAUGUCAAAAGCACAACAGUCACCGUGCGGGGGGACCAGCCAUAUUGGGAACAGGAUUUUAUGUUUGAGAUCAACCGGCUGGACCUGGGCCUCAUUGUGGAGGUGUGGAACAAAGGCUUGAUCUGGGACACCAUGGUGGGGACAGCCUGGAUCCCCCUGAAGAGCAUCCGGCAGUCAGAGGAGGAGGGGUCAGGUGACUGGACUUUCCUGGAUGCUGAGGUCCUGAUGAAGGCAGAUGAGAUCUACGGCACAAAAAACCCAACACCUCAUCGGGUCUUGCUCGACACUCGCUUUGAGCUGCCUUUUGACAUUCCAGAUGAUGAGGCACAGUAUUGGACAGGCAAGCUGGAGCGCAUCAACACCAUGAGGAUCCAUGAUGAGUACCCUCUUCGGGAUGAAGUCCAACAUCUCCCGGUGCCCUUCGCUGCCUCCCGAUGCUCCCUGGAUGACCAGGAUAGUGCUGUGGAUGACCGGGAUAGUGACUACCGCAGUGAGACAAGCAACAGUCUACCCCCACGGUACCACACCACGGCCCAGCCCAACUCCUCCAUGCACCAGUACCCCAUGGGGACCCGGCUGCAGCACCACAUAGACUCUUGCACAGACUCUGUCCACAGCUUUGACAUGGAUUACAGGGACCAGAGAGGGAGCAGUCCGGUGGACAGUAGUCAUUUUGGAUCAUCAGGAAACUUGAGCCAAGCUAGCUCUCAGCUGAGCGAGACUGGCCAGGAGAGCGCUGGAGGCUCAGAACUGGAGGAGUCCUUCCAUUCAUACCACAGCACUGGUUUCCGCCCCUUCACCAAUGGGCAGCCGCACGCUAAUGGACAUCAUCCUGCCAAUGGACACUCCAUGACUGGAGAGAAGGAAGUCAAGAGGCCCUCUCCGGAUGGAGGACAGGUUAUAAAUGGCUCCAUGAAGAAUGAUGCUACAGUUGAGAGGAGAUCUACUACACUUCAAAGGUUCUAUGAUGCCGGACCGCCAUUGCCCUUCUCCCAAUCCAGAGUGCGCUGGUUGAAGGCCAUUAAUAAAGUCCAAGUUCAACUCCGGGAGGCGCGUGAUGAAAAGCCCAACUCCGGACAGACUUGGGUCAAACCAGGUGAUGGAUCAGGUCUGUAUGGAAUUGACAGUAUGCCAGACCUGCGUAAGAAGAAGCCCAUUCCCUUGGUCAGCGAUGUGGCUAUGUCGCUGGUCCAAGCCAGGAAAGCAGGGAUCACAUCGGCCAUGGCUGCACGUUCAUCCAUCAAAGAUGAAGAGUUGAAAAACCAUGUCUACAAGAAGACCUUGCAGGCUCUCAUUUACCCGAUAUCUUGCACCACUCCACAUAGCUUUGAGGUGUGGACCGCCACUACGCCCACCUACUGCUAUGAGUGUGAGGGACUACUAUGGGGCAUCGCUCGCCAAGGCAUGCGUUGCUCAGAAUGCGGCGUCAAAUGUCAUGAGAAGUGCCAAGAGCUGCUGAAUGCAGACUGUCUGCAACGUGCUGCAGAGAAGAGUUCAAAGCAUGGAGCCGAGGACCGCACCCAGAACAUCAUCAUGGCGAUGAAGGAUCGGAUGAAGAUCAGGGAAAGGAACAAGCCAGAGAUAUUUGAUGUUAUCAGGGAUGUGUUUGUUAUCAACAAGGCAAUCCACGCGCAGCAGAUGAAGACCAUCAAACAAAGUGUCCUAGAUGGCACCUCGAAGUGGUCAGCCAAGAUCACGAUCACAGUCUUGUGCGCCCAAGGCCUUCAAGCAAAAGAUAAAACUGGGUCCAGUGAUCCCUAUGUAACUGUCCAGGUGGGAAAGACCAAAAAGAGGACCAAAACCAUCUAUGGAAACCUCAACCCUGUCUGGGAAGAGAAGUUCCAUUUUGAGUGCCACAAUUCAUCGGAUCGGAUCAAAGUGCGAGUGUGGGAUGAGGACGAUGACAUUAAGUCCAGGGUGAAGCAGCGUCUGAAAAGGGAGUCUGACGACUUCCUGGGCCAGAGUAUAAUCGAAGUGCGAACGUUAAGCGGAGAGAUGGACGUCUGGUACAACCUGGAGAAGAGAACGGACAAGUCGGCUGUAUCGGGUGCCAUUCGACUCCAGAUCAGCGUGGAGAUCAAAGGAGAGGAGAAGGUUGCUCCCUAUCACGUGCAGUACACGUGCCUGCAUGAGAACUUGUUCCAUCAUUCGACCGACGUGUUGGGCCAAGGGGUGGUGAAGAUCCCAGAGGCUCAUGGAGAUGAAGCCUGGAAGGUCUACUUCGAUGACGUGACACAGGAGAUAGUGGAUGAGUUUGCCAUUCGUUAUGGUAUUGAAUCAAUCUACCAGGCUAUGACGCACUUUGCCUGUCUGUCUUCAAAGUACAUGUGUCCCGGGGUUCCUGCAGUGAUGAGCACCCUGCUGGCCAACAUCAACGCCUUCUACGCCCACACCACCGCUUCAACCAACGUGUCCGCCUCCGAUCGCUUCGCUGCCUCCAACUUUGGGAAAGAACGCUUUGUCAAGCUUUUGGACCAGCUACACAACUCGUUGCGCAUUGACCUCUCAACUUACAGGAACCAUUUCCCUGCAAGCAGUAAAGACCGGCUACAGGAUUUGAAGUCUACCGUGGACCUUCUAACCAGUAUCACUUUCUUUAGGAUGAAGGUACAGGAGUUGCAGUCUCCUCCCAGAGCGAGCCAGGUGGUGAGAGACUGUGUCAAGGCCUGCCUCAACUCCACCUAUGACUACAUCUUUAAUAACUGUCAUGAGCUCUACAGCAGAGAGUACCAACCUCUGGACACAAACAAGGAGGAUCUCCCUCUGGAAGAGCAGGGCCCAAGUAUCAAGAACCUGGACUUCUGGCCCAAACUCAUCACGCUUAUCGUCUCCAUCAUCGAGGAGGACAGGAACUCCUACACACCUGUACUGAACCAGUUCCCUCAAGAACUGAACGUAGGCAAGGUGUCUGCUGAGGUCAUGUGGACCCUGUUUGCUCAGGACAUGAAGUAUGCCAUAGAAGAGCACGAGAAGCACAGACUGUGUAAGAGUACCGACUACAUGAACCUUCACUUCAAGGUUAAAUGGCUCCACAAUGAGUAUAUCAAGGAGCUGCCAAGCUUCAAGGGAGUUGUCCCAGACUACCCGUCGUGGUUCCUGCCGUUUGUGCUCCAGUGGCUGGAUGAGAAUGAAGACGUUUCCAUGGAGUUCAUGCAUGGGGCCCUAGAGAGAGACAAGAGAGAAGGAUUCCAGCAGAUGUCAGAGCAUGCUCUGUUCUCCUGCUCCGUGCUGGACGUCUUCACUCAGCUCAACCAGACCUUUGAGAUCAUCAAGAAACUGGAGUGUCCUGAUCCAAACGCCAUGGCACAGUACAGCCGCAGGUUCUCCAAGACUAUUGCCAAAGUUCUUCUGCAGUAUAGUGCCAUUCUGACCAAGAGUUUUCCUUCGUACAUUGACAAAGAAAAGAUCCCUUGCGUCCUGAUGAAUAAUGCCCAACAGCUGAGGAUCCAGCUGGAGAGGAUAUUUGAGUCCAUGGGUGCCAAACAGAUGGAUACAGAGGCCAGUGACUUACUGAAUGAGCUGCAAGUCAAGCUGAACAAUGUGCUGGAUGAGCUUUGUACUACAUUUGGGGCCAGUUUCCAGACUCGGAUCAGUGAGUGUAUGAGACAGAUGGCCUCUCUGCUGUAUCAAAUCAAAGGACCACUCAACACCAACAACAGGAACCAGGUGGAGGCCGACUCCGACAAUAUGCUGCGGCCUUUAAUGGAUCUGCUUGAUGGAAAGUUGACGCUGUUUGCCACGGUGUGUGAGAAGACCGUACUGAAGCGGGUCCUGAAGGAGCUGUGGAGGAUUGUGAUGAGCAGCCUGGAGAAGACAAUCGUCCUGCCCCAGGGCAACGACACCUUUGGGGCUCAAAUCCUCUCUGCUGCCAAAGAACUCGGACAACUCUCCAAACUCAAGGAUCACAUGGCGGGGGAAGCCAGGAGCCUGUCUCCCAGGCAGUGUGCUGUCAUGGAUGUGGCUCUGGACACCAUCAAGCAAUACUUCCACGCUGGAGGUAAUGGGCUGAAGAAGGGCUUCCUGGAGAAGAGUCCUGAACUGUCGUCUCUACGCCAUGCUUUGUCUCUCUACACCCAAACAACAGACACACUCAUCAAGACAUUUGUGACCACGCAACACACUCAAGGCUCGGGGGUGGACAAACCAAUCGGUGAGGUUUCCAUCCAGAUUGACCUUCACACUCAUCCAGGAAAUGGAGAGCGUAAAGUUACUGUCAAAGUCGUGGGAGCCAGUGACUUGAAAUGGCAGACAUCUGGAAUGUUCCGGCCGUUCGUGGAGCUCACCAUGAUUGGACCAAACCUCAGCGACAAGAAACGCAAAUUCCAGACCAAGUCCAAGAACAACAGCUGGGCUCCAAAGUACAACGAGACCUAUCAUUUCUUGCUGGGAAACCAGGAUGGCUUCGACUGCUACGAGCUGCAGGUGUGCGUGAAGGACUACUGCUUCGGCCGCGCAGACCGCGUGGUGGGCCUGACUGUGAUUCAGCUGAGAGACAUCAUGGAGAAGGGCAGCUGCGCCUGCUGGUGUCCGCUGGGCCAGCGCGUCUGCAUGGACGACACGGGACUCACUGCCAUGCGCAUCCUCUCCCAGCGCGUCGGUGAUGAUGUGGCCAAAGAGUUUGUCAGGUUGAAGUCAGAGACACGCUCGGCUGAGGAGGGGAGAUGAGGAGCACUUAGAGAAAGAAAGGAAGGAAGGAAGGACGAUGGAAGGAUGGGUGCCCCCCCCCAUUGAGAGCUAGUUAUGGGUGCCCCCCCCCUCCCAUUGAGAGCUAGUUGUGGGAUGAAAAUGAAUGUCAAAAAGACAUUUGUGCUAGGUUAAUACUUCUGUCUGUGCCCCCGACCAAGGCGUGGCAAGAGGAACUGGAGUUGGUCGCCGGAUGCUCCACAGCGGCUGCCCACUGCUCCCAGUGUGUGUUGGGAUGAAUGCAGGAUAUGAAUUUCCUCAAAGGGAAAUAAAGUCCAUCCCAUCUUAUUUUAACAGAUUAGCUCUGCCAUUGUUCUUGUAUCAGGGGAUGUUUUCCCGGUGACACUCUUCCUGAACUUCUGCUACUGCUGUUGGUUGUCUGGCGUCACCUUGCUGAGCUCAACAACACACGCUGUCACGCUCACAACUUCCAGUAUUCUCACCUACUCAUAUUUCCAUGUUUUUAACCACUCCCACAUGAUUAAACUAGCGUUGUACAGUACUCACAGAUUACACACACACACACACACACAAUUACAUACAGCUACCCACUUAAACAGGCAUCCCGACUGAUAUUGACCUGCAGACACUUUGAACCCAUUCCUCAGCUGUGGACAGCCAAUUAGGCAACACCACGGCCUCAAGGGAAUGCUGAGGGUAAGGGUCCAGGCCCACCAAGACAGCCAUGUAAGCCCGUCCCCCCUCGUAUCCCUGGUGUUUUUUUGUGUAGUACCCCCUUCAGUCUUACUCCCCUAUACCGUUGCCAUGUGACUGAUGCCUUACACUUUACAAACUGUGAAUGUGGUGAAGUUGGACAGUCUUGUCAGUGCUGCCGGCCUUCCUCUUUAACUCCACUGCAGUGAUGGCUGCCAUUUUUCAGAGCCAAAUGAAUGCGUAAGCAACCCAUCAUUUGUGUAUGAAGAGUGCACAGUGGAGGAAAGGAUGACAGCAAGCAGACAGGAAAUGGUAAAAUGUGCAGUCCUGAGUUCUACAACCUGUCAACUAUGUUGGACACAGCGGGAGCGGAGACACUCGGAUGUCUCACUGGUGUCAAAAUGUUUGUAUUGUAAUACACAGCCAGCAUUAUAGGGCAGGAUUGAGGUCAAUAACAGCCCUGAAUUUAAAGAAGUUCUCAGUCUGAUUGUGUUUUCAGUCUGAUUGUGUGCCUUGACAUAAACUUUUGUGUUCAUGAUGCUCAUAAUUCUCCUCUUAUUUCCUGAAAGGCUUCCCUGAAAUCUCCAGUCUGAAAGAUGCUAUUGAUGAACCUAAGACAUAGAGUUGUGUCUGUGCUAAACUCUGCAACAGAUGUGGUAUUUAUUGUGCGUGUCAACUCUUAGUAGACCAAAACCUUAUGAAUAAAAAAACCCCCCAGGUAGGCAUUCAUUAUGUAUGAGGGGCCGUAUGGUGACAUAAAACAAACGUAUCGCUCACAUACUUAACUGAAAUUCUCUCACGUAUAAUACUGGAAAUAGAACA